GGAGGGUAGAGAGAAGGAGAACAAACUUCGAGGCUUUUUGGGCCAAAAAGUGUCCGCAAAAAACCGUAAAUAGGCCAGGUGGCGCUGGCAAGCAAUAGAAAUGAACCACUGAACAACAUUGAAGUUUAUUCGAUUUUAAAUGUGAAGAACGAAAGAAAUUCAAUGAUUUCAAGCGAUAUCCAUGACAACGACGGUCGUUUUGUAAAUAUUUUGAAUUAACCCUCGUGGAAGUUGGAUGGUUUGAUUUAGAAUUUUAAUUUAUUGAGUAUUGAGAUAUAGUAUUUAGUAGGGAGUUGAAUUUUAGUAUUGAAACAAGAGCAUUCAAAUUAUAUUACCUUCGAAAUGUCUAAGUUAUGUAUGGUGAAGAGUUGUCCAGUUGGUCCAGUUUUGAAACGUGUCUUCCUCAGGGCAAAUUAUCAUUUUUCAAAGCGAAUACUCCUGGGAGGAUAGAAAGUUGGUCAAAAGCUUUAGAGAUUACUUUGAAACCUCAUGAUUUAGUUUGCCAGUUGCAUUUCAAGAGCGAACAUGUACAACAAAAUUGUUAUUAAGGAUGUUGUCCAUUUACAUGAAUUACAUAGGAAAACACUCAAACCAGAAGCGUUGCCAACAAUUCAGCAUCAGUUCCACAGUUAUGCUGGUGAACAUCUUGCGAAAGAGCAAAUGUUGCAAGACAAACAAAAGCUUGUACAUCAACAACCAGAAAUAAUACAACAUCAAGAAGAAAUUGUGAAUCAGCACUCACAGCAAGAAUCAGAAGCUCCCAUAGAACAUAAUUACUGUGUACAACAAUCAGAAAAACCAUUGCAAUAUUUGUUGGACAAAUAUCAGCAAUUCUUGCCCCAGCAUUGGGCUUACCUACCAAAGCCUGAUGGAAUAGAAUACAUUAGGUUGGAUCCAGAGACUCGUCUCAUUAAAAACCACAUAAUGGUUAGAGAUGAUUUAACAGUUUUGGUUAUCUUUCCCAAUAAGGAAAGACUACAUGUAGAUGACCAAAUUGUCUCGUCACUGCCUGAGGAUGUUUAUGCAUAUCUGAAAAGUGUGGAGAAGUGGCCAUUGUGUGUUGGCACCCAAUUUGAGAAUCAAAGUUUUUCGAAAGGAUGUCAAGGAGUUAUUGUUGGACAUGGAAUGUAUAAAAGAAUGCAACAAAAUCUUCAAUGUCAAUCAUGUCGAGUCCUCCGAAAGAAACUCAAUGAUAGAAAGGGUGGCAAUAGUGUCCAGGAAAAAUGGAUUAUAUUUAAGCGUAAGAAGGGUAGUACGCUGAAACAAUGUAAUCGUUUACAGAAAAAAUGUGGGUGUUCCCAGCUUGGAGAAGAUGAAACCACAGUAUUCUGCAGCUAGAAGAUAUUGGCUAGCUCUCUGAGUGAUGGCAGAUAUUAGUUAAAUUUAUAGAGAUCCCAUAGAAUGUGUUAUUCAUAAUUCAUUGUUCAUCAUAGCAUAACAUGAAAUCAUUAAAUUGUUUUUUUUUUAAUUGAAUAAUGUCUUAUACUAGUAGUAGUAGUAGUUU